AUGACAGACAGUGAUGAUGUAAAUGAGAUGCAAACUUUUGUUUCAUCCAAUACUGAAGUAAAUAAUGUCUUUCAAAACCAUUUUAAUCCGGGUGAUAAUAUCAAAAUAAUAGAUCACAUCGGUCCUGAUGGUAAAAUUUCAUUACAUGUUGCUAGUACUAACAUUAGAAACAACGAAGUUGCUCAAUUAUUAUUUACCAAUGAUGCCUUGAAAUCUUUUGAAAGUAUUUCAUAUCCAUUAACACCCUAUGAUGAAUCAAGAAGAAAAGAACUGAACACACUAAUGGAAAACAAUUCGAAUCUAUUUCAUUGCCCGCAAGAAAUCCCAGAUUGUGAUUAUAUUGAAUGGUCAUUAAUUGGUAAGAAUUUAAUAGAAAAACGUAAACAAUUUCGUGAACAAAUUGAUUUAUAUAAAACUUACGAUAAUCGACAUCAUUUAAUAACAAAAUUAGUAUUUGAAAUAAUUAACUAUUAUCUAAAUAAAUAUUUAGUUCAUCAAGAAGGUUUUCCUCUAUUUGAAAUAAAAAACUUGGAAUCUUAUUUUAAAAAAGCUAUAGAAGAACAAAACUAUUUAGAAUAUUUUAUUAAAGCUUAUACUUUAACAAGUAAUUUUUAUCGUGUUCUAAAUAAACAUUUAGCGUUAUAUAUAUUAGACUAUUUUGAUCCACCGUCUUCACAAACAAAAUAUCGUUUAAUCAAUUGUUUAGUACAUAUUGUUACAUUAUUAGUUAAUCAUCCAGAUAUAAACAAGUAUACAUAUAGAGGUACUACUUAUCGUGGUUUAUCGAUGACAAAAAAGGAUUUAGAAAAAUAUACCAUCGGUAAUCACAUAUUGAACAGAACAUUUGUGUCAACAUCGAAAAAUCGUUCAAUCGCUCAGCUAUUUGCUGGUAAUAGUCAGCAACCGUCAGCAGAAGUAUCUGUUCUGUUAAAAUAUACCACGAAACAAAAUAAAACAGCUAUUGAUAUUGAACAUAUAUCAAUGAUACAAGAUGAAAAAGAAGUAUUAAUAUUACCAUUUUCAGUAUUUCAAAUUAAAGAUUUAAUCAAAAAUAGUCCAGAUAUGUCUCCACCUGUGCUAUAUGAAAUUGAUCUAGAAGAGUGUGAAGAUGGUGAACAAACAAAAGGAACAAACUACAUAAGGGAAUCAUUAACUGAUUUUCGACGUCGUGCACAGAAAAGAAAAAACGCCAUCAGAUUAACAUGUUUAUAUGGCAGUAUUGUACUAUUCAUAAUUGUUGGUUUGAUUCUAGCUGCAGUUUUCAUAAUCAAAAAUGGAACAACAUUAACAAAGAGGGUACAAAAUGAAGAUCAAUGUCCAAUACUGAUAAAUAGAACUGCUUGGAAUGCUAUUGAACCAAAAAAGUAUACUAAAUUAUUAACACCUGUUCCGUAUGUUGCAAUACACCAUACAACCGGUCCGCAAUGUACAGCUCUUGAUGAUUGUAUAUCACUAAUACAAUCUUUUCAGAGACAUCAUUUAAAAAACCCCGACUGGGAUGAUAUUGGUUAUAAUUUUGUAGUUGGCAGUAAUGGUCACGUAUUCGAAGGUAGAGGAUGGAAUCAUACAGGUUCACAUUGCAAAGGCUAUAAUCCAAAAUCAAUUGGUAUUGGUGUUAUUGGUGAUUUUUCUAAAGUUUCACCUUCGAAGUCAACAUUAAAUGCUGUUCAGUCAUUAAUUAACUGUGGGAUAACGUACGGCUUCAUCCAAAAAAACUAUACAGUUCUUGGACGAAAUUCUGCUGGUGGCAUUAACAAAUUUUUUACUCUAAAACCUGUUUGCUAA